UAUUAUUUCUUUCUGUUCGGUGUGGUGUAGUUUUGCUAUAUUUUCUUUUAGUUAAGGAAAAUACAUAUCUACUGUGUGUUUGCAAAAAAAUAAAUAAAAAAACUACAUAAUAAAGUAGAAAAUAAAAAGAUUUUAUCUUAGAAAUGUCUAGUUCUAUAGACACUAUUGGCAUUAAAUUACAAACUCUAGAAGAACGAUUGCAAGCCGAAAAUGAUUCACGUAUGGUAUUUCCACCACAAAUGUCUGCCCCUCCUCGACAGACACUACCAACCCGCCCGCAACAUUUGGAAACGACCCCAGUUCGUCCUAGGAAAUCCUUGAAUUUACCAGUUGUGGCACAGCAUCCUGCUGCCGAAACAGAAACAGACAAAAAACUGAAAAAAAUCAUGAAACAAACUGGAAUUCUAACAAUAAAUAACCAGGCAUAUAAGACGGACAUUCAAGACUUGAAACAUUUAGGUGAUCUGGGCAAUGGGACGAGUGGUCACGUGGUGAAGAUGCAACACAUUCCAAGUGGAACUGUGAUUGCAGUCAAACAAAUGCGCCGAACAGGCAACACCGAAGAGAACAAGCGGAUACUUAUGGAUCUGGAUGUAGUCUUGAAAUCGCACGACUGCCAAUACAUUGUUCAGUGCCUGGGAUGUUUCGUUCGUGAUCCCGAUGUAUGGAUUUGUAUGGAAUUGAUGGCAAUGUGCUUCGAUAAGCUAUUGAAACUAUCAAAGAAACCCGUUCCAGAAAAGAUUCUCGGUAAAGUAACAGUUGCGACUGUAAAAGCACUUUCUUAUCUGAAAGAAAAACAUGGUGUCAUACAUAGGGAUGUUAAACCUUCAAAUAUUCUAAUAGACGAAAGGGGGAAUAUAAAACUUUGUGAUUUUGGAAUAAGUGGUCGAUUGGUUGACUCAAAAGCAAAUACAAGGUCAGCGGGUUGUGCAGCAUACAUGGCACCUGAACGAAUCGAUCCCAAAAAACCAAAAUACGAUAUUCGAGCCGAUGUUUGGUCUCUUGGAAUAACGCUUGUUGAACUAGCAACAGCGCGCUCUCCUUACGAAGGUUGUAAUACUGAUUUUGAAGUGCUAACAAAAGUCUUGGAUUCCGACCCUCCCAGCCUUCCACGAGAUAAAGGUUUUAGCUCAGAUUUCCACGAUUUUGUUACAAAAUGUUUGACAAAAAACCAUCAAGAACGACCAAAAUAUCCGGAACUCUUAGAACAACCAUUUAUUAAAUCUUACGAGCUAGCGUUUGUUGAUAUACCACUCUGGUUUAGAUCAGUUGUUGAAACAUCUGGAAUCAGAACACAUAAUAGAGUUUUAAGUGCAAGUAACUCCGCAGCAUCAGCAGUUCUAACAACAACAACAAAAACAACAACACCAACAGCAAAAACAAUAAUUUCCAGCUCAGAAUUACUUCGCAAGCCUGUCAAAAUAACUCAAAUACCUAGCUAUCAGCACUACUUGAUAACAAAUACAACAACUAUAACAACAACAACACCAACAAAUACAACAACAAUAAAACCAAAAACUUUUCCCCAGUACAAUAAUCAUCAGGAAUUGCGACCACAACAAUCAUCAUCUAUACCCGAACCCAUAUCUUCAAAUAGAAUAAAUAUCUCUCAAACACCAAAUAUUGAACAAAAUAUUGUUAACGAUAUGAGUACAUUCUAUAGAAAAUCACCGUUUAUGCAAAGAAAAAUAGGAUCUAAUCAAAAAUAUUGUGAAAGUCCUCGAAAAGAAUCAAUGUUUAGUAGUAUUGGACAAUCUAUUAUGCGUAACCUAACGACGUCACCCUUUAGUCAAAAAAGAAAUCCAAUUCCACCAAAUAGCCAGAUUGAUUCCACUUGGAAAAUGUCAAAUUGCCAUGAACCACCUCUAUUCGACAGAACUGAUAGCUAUGGCUCAGAACUGAUGCAGAAUACACCUGCGAUGUUACCUAAAAGGUUUGAUAUGCCAUUGAAUUCUACAAAUAAACCCGAAAGCCAGUCAUUUCAAUUCCCUCUACAAAAACAAGGAAAUCAAAGCCCUAUUGUUCUUCAACGGUUUUAUCAUCAACAAAAUCAAUAUCGGGAUAAAGAACGCUUUAACUCCGAUGGAGUUACCAAUCCUUUUUUGAAUAGUUAUGUUCCAAACUAUCAAACAUCUCAAAUACCGAUUUCAACGAACCAAUCGACUCCGUCAACAUCUAGUCAAUCUUCAAAAUCUAGCUCUGCACACAUGGAUAGUAAUGGUUAUUCUUCGCUUAGCAAUCAAUACUUACCUAUCAAUAGUUUAAGGGCGAGUCGAGCGCCUUCUUCUCCAACUAAUGAUUGUUCGAAUCUGCCUUAUUCAAACUUUUUAGAGACUCCCAACUGUGAGGCUGUGAAAACAAAUAAAUUAUAUGAAAACUUCGUGUCCGGUCGUCACACCGGUUCAGCAUCUCCUGUAUUAAAAGAGAACGCUCCUAGAGAUGAUCUUGGAUGGUUUAAUAUUCUUACAGGUGCAAUGAAACGUCAGUUUUCUUCUUACGUUAAGCUGCAAUUAAAUUCUUCAUGUCGAGAAAGUGGAGAUAAUCGAACAAAUCCUGUUGAUAAUUGUGGAAGUUUUUAUCGUAAAUCUGAACCUUGUAGCAGUGGGAAAUCAUCUCUGUUAAAUCCCAGUAGUUCAAUACCAAAUUCAACGGAAAUGAUGACUGAUCAAACGUUGUGUAGUGUUGAUCAUCAUUUAAAUAAAACAACCGAUGGAAUACAGCGAUGUUAUGUCCAGUCUCCAAGCCCACAUAUAUUGACAGGCAUCGAUCGAAGACAUCGUAGCCCAGACCCCCCUCCGAGAUAUAACCGCGGACAAUCACCUCUUCUUUUAAGAAAAAACUUACUAGAACUAAGUGGACAGCCACCGGGGUCACCGUUAUUAAAUAGACGCUUCAUAAAUGCUUCUCCCCCACUCCCGCCACCCAGACGUGGUUCUGAAAGUGUUCCUGGAUCACCGCAACAUUUUCGAACUCGCGUUCAUUAUACUCCAGAGCCACAGAGACGAAUAUAUCGGACAAUAGAUCAAUGAGUAGCACUUCAAAUCAUGAUCAUGUGAUAUUUGUAUGGAUUCGAUGAUGACGGUAGUGGACUGAAUUAUUCGGAAGCCAACAUCGAUGAGGAUGUCUAACGCACAUGCAAUUCACUAGAUGUUUCUUUUGGAUGUAAAGCUGACUUAUAAUUCAAAAUCGAGAAACUAUUAGUGCAAUAUUCCUAUGUAAUUUUCUUUUUGUAUAGCCUCAGAUUAGAAGAUCAUUCAGUGACUUACGUCUACAUACAGCACUUUCCUCAUAAUAAUAUA